CCUAGAUGCUUACUCUUCCGCGCCACAAGGGGGAAACUACGGCGACACAGAGGCAGCUUCCUCGCGAAACAAGCAAAGAAAAAUCAAUGGCGCGUCAGAGAGCAGCUGCUAGCCUCUCCUACAAAUAGAGGCCAUUUCUCUUCGUUGUGAUCGUGCAAUCAACAAAAGCCUGUUUCCAAUGACAGCGACGAUGGCGAUCGGUGCUGCUUUGCUGGAGUCGCUCUACGUUCUCGGAGGCCUGUCUCUCCUGUGGUUUACCUGGCGGGCGCUGGAGUGGGCAUGGCUCAGUCCCCGGAGGCUGGGCCGGGCGCUGAGGGCGCAGGGCCUCCGCGGCACCUCCUACCGCUUCCCCUCCGGCGACCUGGCGGAGGAGGAGCGUCUCCACGCGGCGGAACGAACCAAGCCGAUGCCUCUGCUGUCGCACGCCAUCAGCGGCCGUGUGGAGCCACUGUUCGACAGCACCGUCAAGGAACACGGUAAAAUUUCGAUGAUAUGGGCCGGUCCGACACCGAUGGUGAUCCUCGGUGACCCCAAGCUGGUCAGGGAGGUGCUGUCCAACAAGUUUGGGCACUUCAGGAAACCCAAGCUGCCCGCCAAUCUAAUAAAGAUGAUCGCCGACGGGCUGUCGAACCACGAUGGGGUGAAAUGGGCCGUCCAUCGGAAGAUCAUCAACCAUGGCUUCCAUCUCGAGAAGUUGAAGGUGCUGACUCGGUCAUUUUACUCUGAAAAUAUGUUACUUUCAAAUGGCGGAAGUCGUUGUGUAAUGCUACUAACUGUACAUUUAACGUUGCAGAGAAUGUUGCCGGCGUUUACUACCUGCACGAGUGAGCUGAUCAAGCGAUGGGAGGACUCGAUGGGGUCCGGCAAGGCGCAGGAGAUAGAUGUCUGGCCGGAGUUGCAGGACCUCACCGGCGACGCCAUCUCGCGCGCGGCGUUCGGCAGCAGCUUAACUGAAGGGAGAAGGAUCUUCCGGAUACAAUCAGAGCAAGUUCAACUCCUAAAUAGCAUGACGAACCUCUACAUUCCGGGUUACACCUACCUACCAACCAAGCUCAACAGAAGGAUUAAAGCAAAUGCACGAGAGGUCGAAGGGCUCCUGAAAGGCAUCAUCACAAAAAAGGAGAGGGCCAUGAAGAACGGCUAUGCCGAUGACGGCGAUAUGCUAGUCCUUCUACUGCAGUCCAACAUUAAUGAGAGCAAAGAUAGCGGAAGCUCCAAACCAAUGAUGACCAUGGACGACAUCAUCGGCGAGCUGAAGCUGUUCUACUUCGCUGGGAUGGAAACAACUUCGGUGCUGCUCACAUGGACAUUAAUCGUUCUCAGCAAACAUUCUGAGUGGCAAGACCGCGCGAGGGAGGAGGUCCUGCGUGUCUUCGGGAAGAAACAACCGGAUCUUGACGGCACACACCAACUGAAAGUUGUGACCAUGGUACUCUAUGAGGUUCUUAGGCUGUAUCCACCGAUCACAUUGUUAGAACGGGGAACGUACAAGGAGAUGGAGCUGGGAGGGAUCAAGUACCCACCUGGAGUGAGACUUUUGUUGCCAGUCGUGACCAUUCAUCACGACCCAGAUAUAUGGGGAGAAGAUGUCGAGGAGUUCAAGCCGGAGAGGUUUGCGGAGGGGAUCUCCAAGGCCUCCAAGGAAGCACCUGCUUUCUUCCCCUUCGGAUGGGGGCCACGGAUCUGCAUUGGCCAGAAUUUUGCACUGCUUGAGGCCAAGAUAGCACUGAGCAUGAUCCUGCAACACUUCUCGUUUGGGCUUUCGCCGUCCUACAUCCAUGCACCAUUCCGCGUCUCUACUCUGCAGCCGGAUCAUGGGGCCCAUAUAAUGCUCGAGAGGAUUUAAUAUUUUAUUUGACAGAUAUCAAACUAUUAUUAUUGGACAAAUAAAGCAAAGACACCAUAUUAUAUGGGUCAAGCAAAUUAUAUUAUAUGGGUCAAGGAAAUACAAGAAGGUAAUGUAAUAAUAAUAUACGUACUUGACAUGAAGUCAAGCAUAAAACAUAUAGGGAAUUGCUAUGAUACUACCGAAUAAUUGUGUAUUAUCGAUUUUGUUACAUGAAUACAAUUAUUAUAUUCACCUUUUUAUUUUA